CUUCCACUGCUCUUUUUUUCUCCGUCUUCUUCACCCAACCCCUCCCUGUUUUCAGUGUGGUCCAAGCUAAGCUCUAGGGUUUUUCCUUUCUUGAAUUGCAUCCCUAAAACCCUGCCCUCCUAUUUCCACACAAGUGUCUCUGCACCCAAACAACUCUCUCCGUUCUCAUUUCUCAGACCAAAUACAAUGCCGCCGAAUGACGAGGUUCGGUUCACUUCGUCGCCUUCUGUCAAAGUCCCUCGGCCCCUGAAAAAUCGGCAAUUGGACCUUCCCCUUCUGUUCGCUAGAACCAGAAACUCGUUUGCUCAACUCAUCGAUUCGCUCAAGACUCGUUCAGCUUUCGCACAAUUUCCACCAUUAAAAUGGCCCCCCUUUCUGUCCACCGAGUUGAAUCAGUGCACUGCAGUAACUCAAAACUGUCGCUCGCACUCUCUGCCUAUUCUUUGCUCCGCGUCGUUGUCCCUGACUCGGUCCGCUGAUUCGGCAGAGUCCGAAUCACGAAAUCGGAAUGCAGACCGCAGUCAGUUUGUAGGGAAGUCGCCGCUUUUAUGUUCAGCGUCGUUGUCUUUGACUCGGCCGGACGAGUCGACUCAGUCGCAGAAGGGCCACUCAUCAAGUCGGCACGACGAGGAGAGGGUUCUGAUAAGCGAGGUACUGGUGAGGAACAAGGACGGUGAAGAGCUGGAGAGGAAGGACCUGGAAGCGGAGGCCUUGGCGGCUCUCAAGGCUUGCCGACCCAACUCGGCGCUCACUGUGCGCGAGGUCCAAGAGGACGUGCAGAGAAUCUUCGAUAGUGGAUACUUCUGCUCUUGCAUGCCAGUCGCUGUAGAUACGAGAGACGGUAUCCGAUUGAUCUUUCAGGUAAAACCAAACCAGGAAUUUCAAGGGCUAGUAUGUGAAGGGGCAAAUGUUCUUCCAGCGAAGUUUAUAAAGGAUGCAUUCUGUGACGGAUAUGGAAAAGUUAUUAAUCUUAAGCGUUUGAAUGAAGUUAUUUCUUCCAUCAAUGAUUGGUACAUGGAUCGGGGCCUUUUUGCAAUGGUUUCAGCUGUUGAGAGUCUCUCGGGGGGUGUUCUUAAGUUACAAGUAUCAGAAGCGGAGGUCAAUAAUAUCUCCAUAAGGUUCCUUGACAGGAAGACUGGGGAACCAACUGUAGGGAAGACAAAGCCCGAAACAAUACUUCGCCAACUUACUACAAAGAAGGGUCAGGUCUACAGUAUGCUUCAAGGAAAAAGAGACGUGGAGACUGUAUUGACUAUGGGACUUAUGGAAGAUGUUAGCAUUAUACCCCAGCCAGCAGAUGCUGGUAAGGUUGAUAUCACCAUGAAUGUUGUUGAGCGACCGAGUGGAGGUUUUUCUGCUGGUGGUGGUAUAUCAAGUGGAAUUACAAGCGGCCCUCUUUCAGGACUCAUUGGAAGCUUUGCAUAUUCUCAUAGGAAUCUCUUUGGAAGAAACCAAAAGCUCCAUGUUUCUCUGGAGAGGGGCCAGAUAGACUCAAUAUUUCGUAUAAACUACUCAGAUCCAUGGAUUGCAGGAGAUGAUAUGCGGACGUCCAGGACUAUAAUGGUUCAGAAUUCAAGAACCCCUGGAACACUCAUCCAUGGUAACCAACAAGAUGGUAGCAACUUGACCAUUGGUCGCAUCACAGCUGGUAUUGAAUUCAGCCGACCCAUAAGGCCAAAGUUGAGUGGAACAGCCGGGCUUAUCUUUCAGCAUGCUGGUGCUCGUGAUGAGAGAGGAAAUCCUAUUAUCAAGGAUUUCUUCAGCAGUCCCCUAACUGCAAGUGGCAAUAACCAUGACGAUAUGCUACUUGCUAAACUUGAGAGUGUCUACACAGGUUCUGGUGACCAUGGGUCUUCAAUGCUGGUAUUCAACAUGGAACAAGGACUUCCUGUUUUGCCUGAAUGGUUGGUUUUCAACAGAAUAAAUGCUCGUGCCAGGAAAGACCUAGAACUUGGCCCUGCUCGCUUUCUUUUAAGUUUGUCUGGUGGCCAUGUGGUUGGUAACUUCCCACCACAUGAAGCAUUUGCCAUCGGUGGAACAAAUAGUGUAAGAGGUUACGAAGAAGGUGCUGUGGGCUCAGGUAGAUCUUAUACAGUUGGCUCUGGAGAAAUUUCUUUUCCCGUGAUAGGGCCAGUUGGAGGAGUUAUUUUUGCUGACUAUGGCACGGAUCUUGGAUCAGGCCCCACUGUUCCUGGUGAUCCUGCGGGUGCUAGGCUGAAGCCUGGAAGCGGGUACGGUUACGGGUUUGGCAUCAGAUUGGACUCACCAUUGGGGCCUCUUCGUCUCGAAUAUGCAUUUAACGAUAAGCAUACAAAGAGAUUUCACUUCGGGGUUGGACACCGGAACUAGGGCCCGUGUUACUUUGCCCGGCUGUCUGUUAAUUCAUUUAUUAUUCUUUUUCCUUGAUAUUGUACAUGCUUUUCUUCAUAAUGGUCUUGUUUCUUUGGGCUGCUUUGCCUUCAUCUUAUCCACUGUCAAAUGGGGAUAUUGUUUCGCUUUCACCCCCAUUUUACUUCCUUGCUCAUGAUCUGGGUCAGGCUUAAUACUCACGACCCAGUUCUAAUGAAAUUAUUUUCAUUACCA